AUGAUCCAUGAUCCUCCCAAGUUUUCUUUGACGGUAGAAUUGAACAAAAGUCCACCAUCUAUACUUGUCUGUUUAAUACAUAAUGGACCAACACUUGUUACGGCCAAAUAUUAUACCAAUUUUAAUAACUAUAUUAAUAAAGUUGAGCUACCUGAUGAUUUAGUUGGUGACUUUAGUGAUCUUAUAGGGAGUAAUGGCAAGUGCAGGUUUUUUAACGGUACAUCAUCUUCAUCGUCAAAGCUGAGGGGUAACGCUGGAGGAUUUUAUGUCUUAGGUUUUGGUCAAGAUGAAAAUGCUAGUGGCAUAAGCAGUAUAGUUGGUGAUAGUGAUCGUGGUGCUUUUGUCUUCAUUGGUGACACCAACAAUGAAAUGGACUGGACCCAACCUAUAUUCCUCAGGGAAACAAAUUUACUAUCUUCCGUAGGAACAUUUGGUUUCAUAGAUUACUCUCGACCGGCAGCAGCAUAUGAUGUCGGGAUCAUCGCACCCGAGAACAUUGUAGCGCAGGUUGAAAAUCCAUCCCUCACUAUAGCUGUCCUUCUUACUAAUAUCGGCGGUUAUCUUGGUAUUUGGGGAAUUUUCGGCUUUCUCUUUGGUGAAAAAAAGGUGGAUCCAUUCGGGUUCAUGUCACGUUUUAUAUUCAUAAAGCAGGAUAGGAAGAAACUUUUUGAGGAAUUGGAGAAAAUUAAUGGUGAAAGAAGCACAAAGUUAAAUAUCUCGAAAGAAGAAGAAAAGGGUAGUGAUAGUGUUACUAAAACGAGUAAAAUAAGCAAUCAAACUGAAUUCAAGAACUUACUUGCAAAAUACUAUGUAGAAACGGAUUUCUACGAACAUGCUGUCGAGACGCCUGACGUGUAAUUAUAUGUUGAUAUAACACUAAGGUAUAAUAGAUGCUUUUUAAUUAUUUAAUAUAUCAAGCUUGUAAUAAUAUAUUACUAUAAAUAAUCAUGUAAAAUAAAACGUAACGCAUACGAUCGAUAAUAAAAUAAUAGGACAAACUUUUUAACGGUUCAAAUCAUUCUCAUGUUAUCUGCUGUUUUUAUCUAUUAUAUCCUCUCCUAUUGUUUCUUGUUUUCAUUAACAUAAAAGUAUGGAUAAUUUUCGGGUGAAUUCAUA